CACAACGCUACCCACCAGCACAAGACUACUGACAUUUCACCAAACGGGUGAGCCCACACGAUGUACACAGCUUCAUUCGCCUUCUUCGAGGCCCUAUGGGAGGCUGGAGUGACCCAUUGCUUCGUCAAUCUUGGUUCAGACCACCCUUCAAUCUUGGAAGCGAUUGUGAAAGGGCAAAAUGAGAAGAAAGGCGCCUUUCCCCGCAUCAUCACAUGUCCAAACGAGAUGGUAGCCCUGAGCAUGGCAGAUGGCUUCGCGAGACUUACCAACAAGGCUCAAGCGGUCAUCAUUCACGUGGACGUGGGCACCCAAGGCCUCGGAGCUGCCGUGCACAAUGCCAGCAGUGGAAGAGCACCUGUGCUGAUCUUUGCGGGCUUGUCGCCAUACACGAUCAACGGGGAGUACAGAGGAUCGAGGACAGAGUAUAUCCACUGGAUGCAGGACGUGCCUGAUCAGAAGGCCAUAGUCGCCCAGUAUUGCCGCUACACAGGUGAGAUCAAGCGAGGGAAGAACGUGAAAGAGCUGGUCAACCGAGCAUUGAGCUUCGCCAUGAGUGAGCCGAAAGGGCCAGUAUACUUGUACGGCGCGAGAGAAGCAAUGGAAGAGGAUAUUGAUCCGUACCAGAUCAAUCAGGCCCACUGGACACCUGCAGAGCUUGGAGGUCUGAGCGCGAGACAGCUGAGGGAAGUCAGUGAGGCUUUGGUAGGUGCCAACGAGCCGUUGGUCGUGACAGGCUACAGUGGACGCAAUAGUGCUGCGAUGAAAGCUUUGGUCUCGCUCGCGGACACUGUUAAAGGCUUGCGAGUGCUGGACACUGGAGGCAGUGACAUGUGCUUUCCCGCCGACCAUCCCGCCUGGCUGGGCAUGCGAUUUGGCGUGGAAGAGAGCAUCAAGACUGCAGAUGUGAUUCUUGUGCUGGAUUGUGAUGUGCCGUGGAUACCGACUCAAUGUAGACCAAGUCCAGACGCAAAGACCUUCCACAUUGAUGUCGACGCCCUCAAACAGCAGAUGCCAGUAUUCUACAUCAAUGCUAUUGCGCGUUACCGAGUCGACGCAGAGACGGCUGUCACUCAAAUCACGGGCCAUAUCAAUGCUAGCAUGAAGGACAAGAUUUCAUCGCAGAGAUUCACAGAUCGUGCUACCGCGCUGCAGGCGUCAUACCAGAGCAGACUGGAAAAGAUUGCUCAGCAAGUUGUUGUGUCGGAAGAUGGCAACUACGGCUGUCCGUACCUCAUCCGGCAAGUUCGCGACGCAUGCCCACCGGACACCAUCUGGGCGAUUGAAGCGGUGACCAAUACCCCAUUCGUGGCCGAUCAAAUACAAGCGACACUACCCAACUCAUGGAUCAAUUGCGGAGGAGGCGGCCUGGGCUGGAGUGGAGGGGGCGCGCUCGGUAUUAAGCUCGCAACGGAUUUUGAAAAUGGUGGCACGAACAAGGGCAAGUUUGUGUGCCAGAUUGUGGGCGACGGCACUUAUCUAUUCUCGGUCCCUGGCUCAGUGUAUUGGAUCGCACAGAGGUAUAACAUUCCAGUGCUGACUAUAGUACUGAACAAUCAAGGCUGGAAUGCCCCACGUAAGUCUAUGCUUCUAGUCCAUCCUGAUGGCGAAGGCUCCAAAGUGGAUAACAUCGCCCUCAACAUUUCCUUCGCGCCGACACCCGACUACUCGGGCAUUGCGAAAGCUGCUUCUGGCCACAAGGCAUGGGCGGGCAUCGCGGGAAAUGCGGAGGAGCUCAAGAGAUUACUGCCCGAGGCAGUGGCGGCGGUAAAGAGUGGCGUGUGUGCAGUGCUGGAUGCACACCUGGAUGGGCCCGAGGGCAAGUAUCCCGGAGACAAAGCCGCGCUCGUGGGCUAGGAAGAAGCAGAUUGAAGAGGGGUGUCUGCAGCAUUGCCUCACGAGCGCGUCUUUUCGAAAGAUUCUGUAUACUCGAGCGGAUUCCCAAUUGCACGGUAAGGACCUUGAUGGUUCUGACAUGUUCCGGGAUUUGUUUGGAGACAUCCUCAAGGCACGCUUCGAACGAGCUUCCCAUACGUGUAUCAAGUCUCUCCAACGCCCUUGCCCUCAUUGACAUGGAUCUGAUCACAGGAGCCCAUGUAAUCGCACAGAUCAUCUGCCUGCUGAUUUGGGCACAGUCGGGCUACCACUCGAGCUGACGAUGGAAGCACACGGCGAAAUUUCCAUUUCAUUCCCCUCCGGGGACACCGAAUCCCUCCACCGCGUUUCAUUAUUCGCGUCCUUGUGCAAUUCCUUCUCCGACCCCCCAUCAUCAUCAUCAUCAUCAUUCGCGGUUGUGAUGAAAUUCAGCCUCGCUUGUUCCUGGACCUGCUGUUCUUGCGUCCGUCUCUCCCGUGCAUCGCGAUCGCGUACUCCAUGCAGCGGAUCGCGUCUUCGGGGGAACCUCAACGCAGGUCUCUGUUGUGGAUCGCCUUGACUCCUGAUAUUGCGAACCAUGUGGGGAGGUACAUGUACUCUGGGAAUUCGUUCUCGAUCUCGAUCUCGAUCUCGGUGUUGUUGUCGUUGUCCCUCAUCGUCUUCUUCAUCUUCUUCUCCUUCUCUGCAUGAGCGCUGGACUACGACAUGGACGUCUUUCUUUAGACAAGAACCACCUCGGUCCAGGCUACCGCGACUAUCACCUCGGUCAUUCGAAUGAUAGUCCAUUUCCGGUCUCUUGAUGGACAGGUCUGUCAAUUGGUCGACUUGGUCAUCCGUGCGAUACUGUGUCCAUGGCUGGAACGUGUCCAGACCAUGCGCAUCCUGGUUCUGUAUUGUGGGUCCAGCAAUGAGUGAGCGCCUGGUCAGCAUGUAGAGAAGAACAUCGAGCCAGCCGCUGCUCGUCAGCAUCACGCCGAAGAAAGUUAGCUCCUCAGUACUAGCUUUGCGGCCUGUCAUGAUCCGUAGCCUGGUGACAACAGCCGGUAAGGUACAGACCACGUAAAUGAUAGGGUAGGAGAUUGCAGUCCUCGCUGCGGACUCGGCUCGCAGUUGGUUCUCCGAGGAUACAUAGAAAAAGCUCCGGAUCCGACGCCAUAGGAUCACGAACAUCAGCGUGUACAGGAUGACAACGCAGAAUUCGGUGAGCAGGAGCCACACGUAGUGUAGCCAGAGUCGCUCCGGCAUGUAUGUCUCACUGAUCCAGCACCAGAUUCCUGCGCGCAUAUAAAAGUCCUGUGGAUGUAAUAUCACGCCAAUUGUUGCCAACACGUAAACGAGUGUCCAUAUUCCAACAAUCAUGGCAACGAGUGGGCAGUGGGCCAUGCGAUAAUCGAAC